CGCCAACUCCGUCGUGCCUGCCUCAGAACAAGCUUUCCGAGAACCAUACAAAUUCUUGCGCCCCCGGGAUUGUGGUGAUUUUUUUUCUUUCACUCUUCCGUGCUCCAUCCCGACGAGGCAAAAACCAACAUGCCCCUCGACAUCGAGGAGAUCCUCCGCAAGAAGAAGGCUGCGGACGCCGCUGCCGCGAAGCCCAGGUUCAUCCCCAAGGCCGAACGAGAGCGACUAGCUGCUGAAAAGGCCAAGAAGGACGAAGACGACAAGAAGCGCAAGGCCACCGAGGACUCGCAGCGCAAGCGCGAAGAUGACAGGAAAUGGGCUGCGCGACCAACCGGCUCAUCGACUGCCAACGAGACGUCAAAUGAUUCGCGACGAGUUCCCACAGGGCCCAGGGCCAUGAACCAGCAAAACGGUCGAGGAGACGCCCGAGAUUCUCGAGGAGAAGGUCGAGGAGAAGGUCGGGGGGAUGCCCGAGGCGGAAGGGAUGCCAAGAAGGCAGACAAGAAGGCAGCAGAGAAGCGCUCAGCAGUAGACAUCGAGGCAUCACUGUUGCGAUCGCGGUAUCUCGGCCCAGAAGUAAACCAACAGUCCAACUUUUCAGCCAAGAAGAAGCGGAUGCGCACGACGGAGCGCAAGUUCAACUUCGAAUGGGACGCAGAUGAAGACACCUCGCGAGACAACGACCCUCUCUACACCCAACAGAGCGCCAACCGAUCAGGCUCCUUCGCUGGCGUCGGUGGCGAGUUCGAUGACCAGGCCGAGGAGCGGGCACACAAACGAGCCAGAAUGAUCGAGCAACGUGAUCCGGAGAAUGGGAGGGACCGGGCAAAGGGCAUAAUGGAGGACUUCUACAGAGCGCGCGAGAAGGCCCGGCAGCGGGCAGACCGGACAGGACUGGGCAAGCGCUGGUCGGAGAAGACGCUCGACGACAUGCGCGAGCGAGACUGGCGGAUAUUCAAGGAGGACUUUGGCAUCGCAACCAAGGGCGGCGUCAUUCCAAACCCGAUGCGUAGCUGGAAGGAGUCGGAUUUGCCGCAACGGCUGCUCAAGAUUGUCGACCAAGUGGGCUAUAAAGAGCCCUCGCCCAUUCAGCGCGCCGCCAUCCCCAUCGCCCUACAAGCUCGCGACCUCAUCGGCGUUGCCGUCACCGGUUCCGGAAAGACGGCCGCGUUCUUGCUGCCAUUACUGGUCUACAUCUCCGACCUGCCGCCCCUGACCGAGGCGAACAAGAGUGAAGGCCCGUAUGCCCUGAUUCUAGCCCCAACUCGAGAACUGGCUAUGCAGAUCGAGGCUGAGGCCAAGAAGUUCGCCGAACCCCUGGGCUUCCGUUGUGUCAACAUCAUCGGUGGUCACUCCCUCGAGGAGCAGGCCUACGAAAUGCGUAACGGUGCUGAAAUCAUCGUGGCUACGCCCGGUCGUCUGGUCGACUGCAUCGAGCGCCAGCUGCUGGUCUUAGAACAGUGCUGCUACGUCAUCAUGGAUGAAGCCGAUCGCAUGAUCGACAUGGGUUUCGAGGAGUCAGUCAACAAGAUCCUAGACGCCCUGCCCGUCACCAACGAGAAGCCCGACACGGACGAUGCCGAGAACGCCCAGCUCAUGAAGCGUUACGUCGGCGGCCGUGAUCGCUACCGCCAAACUAUGAUGUACACAGCUACUAUGCCGCCGCAGGUCGAGAAGAUCGCCAAGAAAUACCUACGUCGCCCAGCCAUCGUCACCAUCGGUAACGCUGGUGAGGCUGUCGACACGGUCGAGCAGCGCGUUGAGUUUAUUAGCGGCGAAGACCGCCGCAAGAAGCGUCUGCAGGAGAUUCUGUCCUCCGGGGCCUACGCGGCACCCAUCAUCGUCUUCGUCAACAUCAAGCGCAACUGCGACGCCGUCGCUCGCGAUAUCAAAUCCAUGGGCUGGUCCGCCGUCACCCUGCACGGUUCCAAAACGCAGGAGCAGAGAGAGGCGGCCUUGGGCUCAGUGCGCAACGGUCAAACACAGGUCCUUGUCGCCACCGAUCUAGCGGGUCGUGGUAUCGACGUGCCUGACGUCUCCCUCGUCGUCAACUUCAACAUGGCCACCAACAUCGAGAGCUAUACCCAUCGUAUCGGUCGUACUGGUCGUGCCGGCAAGAGUGGUGUGGCCAUCACCUUCUUGGGCCAGGAGGAUUCCGACAACAUGUACGACCUGAAGCAGAUCCUGAGCAAGAGCUCUAUUUCCAAGGUCCCAGACGAGCUGAAGAGGCACGAAGCUGCGCAAACGAAGCCAGUCCGGCACGGAGGCGGCGGCGCAAGGAAGGACAAAGAGGAAGGGGGGGCUUCGAAAGGAGGCUGGGGUCAGUAAAUCAACAAGUAUGGAUAGUCUAUGAGCAUGAAAACACAUUUAAUC